AACAGGUGAUGUACUUCUUAGAAUUUACGUAUUAACGUUGCAUUUAGUUUUAAGUUUUCUUUCGUCUGUCUUCACAUUAUUGAAUACUGCACAUAUCUAUGUAAAUCGAUGUGACUAAUCCUACUAUCAGUAAGAGAUAUGAAAUUACUAUAUUUCUUUAGAAUACAGCAAUUGUGCGUAUAGACUGGAUCAAAUGUUAUCCUCUUUGAAACGAGUGAAUUACGUGGAUAAUUAAAAUAGUGUUUUGUGAAACCAACGGUACUUAUAUAUCGCAUACCAAUACAGCUGUUCCAAAAUAUGUAUUAGUAUCAUUAUUCUACUUUUCAAAUUAUAAUUAUUGAUAAAGUUUCUACUCACCAUCGACUAUUUUUCAUUUCAACCACUAUGGACUCCACGGAAGUUAAAUAUAAUCCAAACCCAAGGGAAAAAGCAAAUAUAUUUUCGGUGUUAUUUUUUUGGUACGCAGUUCCAACGUUUAGGGCAGGGUGGAAAAGGGAAUUAGAUGUUGACGAUGUUUAUAAUACAUUGUCAGGUGAUAAAAGUGAUUACCUUGGAGACAGAUUGGAAAAACAUUGGAAUGAACAAAUGCAAAUGGUUAAAAAGAACCCAAAAAAGAAACCGAGUCUAUUAAAAGCUAUAGUUAAAACCUUUUGGGUCGAAUACACCCUUCUGGGAAUCUUAAUAGGUAUAAGCGAUUUAGGACUUAGAACAUUCCAGCCUACUAUGUUGGGAGGCAUAUUGGAUUAUUACAGUCCUGAAAAAAUCACGAAAACAAAGUUUGAAGCAUAUAUGUACGCUGUAGGAUUAGUUUCAUUCACACUGGGUAUAUCUUUAAUCAUGAAUCAAUUUCUCAUAAAUGCUGGUCAUUGUGGAAUGAGAGUAAGAUCAGCCGUAUGUGCUUUAGUGUACAGAAAAGCUACUAGAUUAAGCAGAACAGCGUUAGGGGAUACUCCGGCAGGGAAGGUUGUUAAUCUUCUAUCAAAUGAUGUAGCCAGAUUUGAUUUUGCGUCAAUGAUGAUUCAUCAAAUGUGGAUUGGUCCUACUUCCGGUAUAAUAGUAAUGUAUUUACUAUUUCAAAGAUCUGGACUUCCAGGAAUUGCAGGAAUUCUAGUUGUUAUAGUUAUGGCUCCUUUACAAGCUUACUCUGGAAGACUUGCAUCAAAAUAUAGAAAGAUGACUGCUUUAAAAACUGACGAAAGAAUCAGACUAAUGGACGAAAUCAUUCUUGGUAUACAAGUGAUAAAAAUGUACGCAUGGGAAAUACCAUUCCAAAAAGUUAUUGCGUUAGCAAGAAAAGCUGAAAUUAGAAUCAUAAGAAAAAACGCUUAUAUUCGUGCUCUUUUUAUGACAUUGGGAAUGGUUACAACUCGUCUCGCACUUUUUGCUACACUUAUAACAAUUACAUUGACUGGAGAAAGAAUAACUGCUGCAAAGGUGUUCGUUCUUAUGUCAUAUUUUAAUUUACUUUCAAAUACAUUGAGUGGAAUCUUUAUUAGAGGAAUUACAGAGAUCGCUGAGCUGUUCACUUCAAUAAGUCGCUUACAACAAUUUUUGGUCAAUGAUGAAUUCAAAUAUGAUCAGCUGAACAACAUUGCUAAGAGUAUUGAUGAAAAAUCUGAAAUUAUUCUCAGUGUGGAUAAACUAAGUGCCAAAUGGAAUUCCACAUUAUACGACUGUGUACUUGAAACUAUCAAUAUGGAAGUGAAGAGAGGCAAACUGAUUGGUAUUAUUGGACCUGUAGGAUGUGGAAAAAGCUCCCUUCUGCAAACAUUCUUAGGCGAAUUGGAUAUUGAAAAUGGAAGCAUAAGCGCAAAUGGCGAAUAUUCAUACGCAUCUCAAGAACCUUGGAUAUUCGCUGCAACCAUACGGCAAAAUAUCCUCUUUGGAGCAGACUACAACAAAAAACGUUACAAAGAGGUUAUACGAGUUUGUGCAUUAGAAAAAGAUUUGGAACAAUUUCCUCAACGUGAUUUCACCAUUGUUGGAGAUAAGGGUGCCUCUUUAAGUGGUGGUCAAAAAGCUAGAAUAAAUUUAGCCAGAGCGGUAUACAGAGAAAAGGAUAUAUAUUUGUUAGACGAUCCUUUGUCAGCUGUCGAUAUACAUGUUUCUAAGGUCCUUUAUGAAGACUGUAUUAACGGAUUUUUAGCUAACAAAACUAGAAUUUUAGUAACACAUCAAGUUCAUUAUUUGAAAAACGCCGAUAACAUUAUUAUACUCAACAAUGGAAGAAUUGAAAAUGAGGGUACUUUCAAUGAAUUGGUCAAUAGUGACAAUUUAUAUGCUAAACUGUUAACAUCAGAACCUGAAAUGACUGAAGAAGAGAGAAAAAAACACGUGGAAAUCGUUCGUCAAAUAUCUAGACAAUCUAGGAAAAGUAGAAAAUCUUCUACUACAAGUUUACUUAGUGCCAAGAGUAUAGUAGAGAGUAUUUUAGAGGAUGACAUGGACGAUAGUGACGAUGAGAUUGAAAAUAAAAAUCCGCAAAUGAAAGAUAUGCAAGAGGAAACUACCAAAGGAAAAGUGUUGGGAUCUCUCAUGAUUCAAUAUUUCAAAACAGGUGCCAAUUGUUGCAACGUAAUUCUAAUUCUGAUUCUUUAUGUGUCAGUACAAAUUUGUGGAAGUUUAGUAGACUAUUUUGUUAGUUUUUGGACUACGAUCGAAGACUCUCGAGUUAUAACAAACUCUACCACUGUUUUACCUGCUACUACUAUAUCAUAUGUUACUGAAAAUAUUUUAAACUCGUCUUCCGCGAAUAACUUUACUGAAAAAAUUGCUUCUCGCGCAUUGUUCGAAUAUCCAGAUUGGAGUACGGAAACUUGUUUAUUCAUAUAUGCAGGUCUCCUUUUAACGGUAAUAUUUCUCACUUUAGGAAGAUCGUUUUCAUUCUAUUCACUAGCUAUGUCAUGUUCACAAAAUCUACACAAGUCAUUAUUCAAUGGAAUCAUCUAUGCCAAGAUGAGAUUUUUUGAUACAAAUCCCAGCGGUAGGGUACUGAAUAGAUUUGCUAAAGACGUUGGUAGUAUCGAUGAAGUUAUACCAAGAGUUUUGCUAGAUGGUGGUCAGAUGAUUCUUCAAAUGUGCGGAUCUCUAAUAUUAGUGGGCGUAGCUAAUCCGUAUGCGAUUAUUCUUGCAAUCGCACUUGCAGUUAUGACUGGGGUUUUGAGAACUAUAUACUUGAAAACGUCCAAAAACUUGAAGAGAAUCGAGGGAAUAUUGCGAAGUCCUGUAUUUACGCAUCUCAACGCAACUUUGCAAGGACUAACAACAAUUCGAGCUCUCAAAUCAGAAAAAAUAUUACAAGACGAAUUUGAUAAAAUCCAAAAUUAUCAUAUCAGCUCCUAUUUCAUGAAUAUUUCAUGUGGCUCAGCUUUUGGAUUUAGUUUGGAUUUAUUUUCUUGUAUUUUCAUUACAGUUUUAGUAUUCACCAUACUUACUUUUGAUGAAGCUAUGGGUAUUACUGGUGGAGCAGUAGGCUUGGCGAUAUCUCAGGCGACAAUGCUAUCUGGAAUGGUUCAAUUCGCUAUGAGAAUCACAGCUGAUAUUUCUAACCAAUUAAUGUCGGUAGAAAGAGUUCUCGAAUAUAAACAACUACCACAAGAACCUCAACCUGAAAAUCCAAAACCGUUACCAAUUAAUUGGCCCAGUCUUGGAAAGAUUAGGUUUGAAGAUUUGAAGCUGAAAUAUUAUGAAGAGGGACCACUGAUUAUUAAAAAUUUGACAUUACAAAUCAAUCCAAAAGAGAAGGUUGGAAUAGUUGGAAGAACUGGUGCAGGCAAAUCGUCUUUAAUAGCUGCUCUCUUUAGACUGGCAGUUGUAGACGGUAAAAUAGAAAUUGAUGGUAUAGAUACCAAAGAUUUAACGUUGAAAAGCCUAAGAUCGAAAAUAUCAAUUAUCCCACAAGAUCCUGUUCUCUUUUCUGGUACUUUAAGAUACAAUUUAGAUCCAUUUGAUGAUUAUACUGACGAACAAUUAUAUAAAGCUCUCCGAGAAGUAGAACUAAAAGAUCCCAAUAAUGUCAUAAACAGAUUGGAAAAUAGGGUGAUGGACAGAGGAGCAAAUUAUAGUGUCGGACAGAGACAACUUAUUUGUUUAGCUAGAGCUAUAGUACGAAAUAAUAAGAUUCUUAUGUUAGAUGAAGCAACGGCCAAUGUUGAUCCUCAAACUGAUGCUCUAAUCCAAAAGACUAUCAGAACGAAAUUUUCAGACUGUACAGUACUGACUGUAGCACAUAGACUUAAUACAAUUAUGGAUUCCGAUAAAGUGUUAGUAAUGGAUCAAGGUAAAGUAGCGGAAUUCGAUCAUCCACAUAUACUUCUUCAAGACCCAAAUGGAAUAUUCACUAAAAUGGUAGAAGAUACUGGAAAAGGGGUCUCCGCUCAAUUGAGACAAAUAGCCAAAGUUAGAUAUCAAAAUAUGAAUAAUUUGUCAGAGUCAAUUUAAACAAAAUUCUAAUAGUCAAAAUGAUAUUGUUAGGUUAGGUUUUUGUUCGCAUUUGUAAUAUAAACAUAUACUUUUUGACACA